UAAAUUGAAAAAUUUUAUUUUAAUGGAUUCUAGCAAAAAAAAGGGUAAAGGAAGACAAAAAACUUCAGAUGAUGAAUCGGAAAUUUCUUGGAGAAAUGUAAAAGAUGAAAUAAUGUCUUUGGAAGAGGAAGAGGUUGUUAAUACUUUCGAUCCUUUGCCUUUUGCUGAUGGUCAAUGGGAUGUUCACGAAUAUUGUCGCCAAAUUAAUUUGACUGUUGUAUCCCAAAGUGUGGACAGAUUGGAUUUAAGCUUUGAUUUAAUUAAAGUUGAGGCGCCAAUUGCAAAUGCUUUGAGGAGAGUUUUAAUUGCUGAGGUCCCAACAAUGGCUAUCGAGAAAGUUUUUCUUUACCAAAAUACUUCGUGUAUACAGGAUGAAGUUCUUUGUCAUCGUCUGGGGUUGAUUCCUAUUUAUGCUGACCCGACAAAAUUUGCUUUUCCUCCUGCCACAGAUCCUUCCAAACAACAACAAAUAAAUACUGAUAUUUUGGACGAGGAACCUGCUGGAGAUGCAAGAAGAAAUUUAAUAUUUAAUUUACAUGCAGUUUGUCCAAGCUCAAAAGAUGAAAAAGUCAAAAAGAAGCGAUCUGUUGCAAAAAGCUCCGAUGGUAGUGAUUUGGGAGAUGGGUGUGUUCGUGAACCUGGAGACAGUGGGAAUUGGGUGCUUUACACAAGUGCUUUUAAAUGGGUUCCAAUAUCUUCUCAACGAACUCAAUUCAGCACAGAUCCACCUAGAAUGGUACAUAAAGAUAUUAUUUUGGCAAAAUUAAGGCCUGGACAGGAAAUUGAAGCGAGAUGUCAUUGUGUCAAAGGCAUUGGCCGGGACCAUGCAAAAUUCUCGCCUGUUGCUACUGCCACAUAUAGGAUGCUUCCUCAAAUAAAAUUGAAAAGAAAAAAUUUUACUGAUGACCAGGCAAGAAGGUUACAAUCUAGCUUUUCUAGUGGAGUUAUUGGAAAGGAUGAAAAAGGAAGAGUUUAUGUAAGGGAUGCACGUUCUGAUACUUCAAGCAGAAAUAUUUUUAUGCAUGAUGAUUUGAAGGAUGCUGUUGAAAUGACAAAGGACAAAACACAUUUUAUUUUCACUGUUGAAUCCACUGGAUCAAUGCCAGCACACCAAUUGGUUACUGAAGCAUGUGAAAUAAUGAAAGACAAAGCUGUCUUUUUGCGUAAACAACUUGAAGAAAAGCUUGCAUUAAUUUGUUAAAUUUAUAAGUUUAUUUAUUUGUUGUUAUUUAUUUUUAUAAGUUUACAUAAAAAAAUAAUAGGGAAAGAUCCAAAAUUAAUAAAAUUGCGGGCCAGAAAGUAGCCUCUAUAAUGAACCAGCCAAGACUACAAUCGGAGUUUUUUGCGACAUACGGGAAAAUGAAAAAAUCAAAA